AUGUCGGAAGAAGGGGAGCAUAGGAUCGGGACAUUUGGAUCAGGGGUCCGGAUUGAGAUUAGUAACCGUCUUGUUCUGCUCUUAGCCGUCGCACGACAUUUUCAUGGCAACUCCAUCUUUAUGAAGAAAGAACUCCGGCAGUGGACAUGGGAGUCACCCAGCGCAGUGGUACAGAUCGCCGCUUCCUUAGAGCAAAAGUGCGAUUCCGCCAGAAAAAAAAAGAUCUUUCACUGUGUUGGAGGAAGGAGAGCAGUCGCAUAUGACGGCGUCAGAUUGAAGGCGCUCCUGACCGCUUUUGACCGGCCCAUCAAGGAGGACCCAACAAAGUACUACGACCUGCUUCUCAGAGGACUGAGAGCCUUUAGUGAAAGUGCCUGCCUCGAACUAGGAGCUUGGAACGAAUUUCGAAAGCCACCUAGGGUUUCUGGAGAGAAGAAGAGCACUGAGGCUGGAUCCAACUGCAUCACAUGA